AUGGCAGAGGCGUUGGUUCAAAUAGUUGUUGAAAAUCUGAGCUCAUUGAUCAAAUGUGAGAUUGGAUUGAUUGUUGGUGUUGAUGCAGAGAUGAAUAAUCUCUUCAGCACACUCACCACCAUUCAAUCUGUACUCGAACAUGCCGAAAUGAAGCAACUUCAAAGCAGAUCCAUACAGAACUGGCUACUCAAGCUCAACGAUCUUACGUAUGAGAUUGAUGACAUCUUGGACGAGUGUGCUACACAACUCUCGAAAUUGGAGCACAAAAACGGUGCCAAAUCAAGUCGCUAUAGCUUGAAGAAAAUUCUUCUUCCGGCCCAAAAUCGGAAGAAGGAUGAAGCAGGUCACGGAGAAACUGGAUGCGGUUGCUGCAGAGCGUUCCAAGUUCCAUUUGCGCGAUAUGGCUGUCGAUAG